ACUUUACAAAUUCCAUUUCCACAUUCCAUUUCCAACUACUGUGUGGGAUUUUCCAUAUAAUUUACUGGAAAUGGCCUUAAACUGGUGUGCUCGCCAUACGAAAUCUGGCAGUUUGCGUUGUUGUUGACGUUAAUAGAAACUAGAAAGUAUGUGUUCCUUUUUAUUUGAAAAACGAAACCCGUUUAUUUCUUCGAGUUGCAGUAUCUUUUUUGUUUUAUUCUGAUUUUGUACUUGUGCCCGCUGAGGGGCUCAAGUCCUCCAAGUGCUUAUGACCGGGCCGUGGAAUGGUGGAGUCCUCGAUGUUUACGUCUUCUGGCCCGUUCUGGGGUUCUAGCCGUUGAGUAACAGCUGUAUCUUUCCGCAACCGUUCCAUGUGUUGAACAAUAGUCUAAAAUUUACUUCUACCGCUGUAACUUACAGUGGGAUCCAUAACGGUCGACUGCUUCCCAAAAUCCAAAGUUUCCCGAACACGAUACAAUGGAAGCUUUUUUUGUGUUUGCGGAUUCUGUCGUCGGGCGGGCCAAUAGACUCUAUGAUACUGCAGAUGGGGAUCAGGACGGCAUUGAAGGAGCACUGGGGCAGGUUGAAUGUUUAACUGGUUGCACACGGGACAUAUGCGAAAACUUACCAAACGAAGUGACGGGAGAUGCUCAGCAGUUGUUCUACGCUUUGCGAAACUGUUCAGAGGACUUGCAUCAGCUACUGCGGGAAGACGAAAAUGGGUCGGAUUAUUUCUAUGAAAUGAAUGGCGGCACUAACAAAUACGGAAAAAUUUGUAUUCCGGAUAACGAACUCUGUGAAAUGCGAUGCGAAGGCUUCACAGUUAGGGAAAUUGCUGGGUUUUUUGGAGUCACGACACGUACGAUCGAGCGCAGGCUUGUUGAAUACAAUUUAAAUCAUAAAGUAAAUUUUAAUGCCAGCAGCUAUUUUAACGGUAGCGUCUUAUUUGUAUUGGCAUGGCCAAGUAAAAUAAGUUAUUGUAAGAGAAAUAAUUUCCAAAUUUUUACAGCGCGGAAAAAAAUUUUUUUCGCGAUUUUUAUCGUAGUACAGCGAUAUAUCAGCAAAUGAUAACGGUAUCAAUCUGGAGAGGACGCAAACAACUGCACUGUUUUGAAACACAGAAAGUAUCAUAAUACAUUACAACAACCAGUUACUGAUCAAUAAGGUUUGAUAUUAUUUACAUAAAAACCCAACGAAGAAACAAAAAAUCACUGGUGGUGCUCAAGUAUUAAACAACAAUUAUUACCUUGUUAAACAACAAUUAUUACCUUCCGGCAUUCGAAGAGGACGUAACUGCUGUGAGGUAGCGUCCUGUGGGAUUCAAUUGGACAUCAAAGAGCAGAAAGUGUGAAACAUCCCCAACACUGACAAAUCGGCGGCAUUCACAAAAGAUAAAUACCCAACGCUUCCGCUGCAGAACAUACAGACAGUGUCAAUCAGCACACUGUCAGGAAUACGACUGUGCUUUCCUGGAAGCCGUGUGAAGAACGACGAACUGCCCCAUAGGCGAUCAGAUUUCCAAAUCGAUGAGGCUGUCGGAUUUGGAAUUCCAUAGCCACUUACUGAGGCUGAGGCAUGAGUUCUGUUUGGCUCUAAUGUCGUACUUUGAGAUCCACAUUUUCUGCCAACUUCAGGAACUGCUUUAAAAUUCCGUUUUGGGCUCGGUUUCUCGAACUGAUUAGUCUGAGCUACACUGCUGCAGUCUACAGAAUUGAAUAAAUUUGUCAGCCCGAGCAUUCCGAAUAACAUUCCGAAUGGCUUUGGACGAGGUCUCUUCGGUGGAUCCAUCAGUGACCGACAUCGAAAUGCAGUCCGUCGAAAAGCAGCAACCUCAACCAGUACUGAAGACAACUGAGCCACAUUACGCGGUCCCAGGAUCGCCUUCGGCUUCAGGCAGUUCCAGCGCCGCUGCAGAAGCUUGUAUGCCAGGAACGUCGGGCAGUGCAUCCACAACGGACUGGAAGCGUGUGGAAACGGCCAGAACCGCACUUGAAACCGCUAAAGCUUUGAUGAAAGUGGAUCCAGUGGAAUACGAACGGAUUAUUGAUACACUGGACCAGGUUUGCUCUACAUUGAAAAAGGAAUUGGGCGACUUCCACACGGAAACAGUUGAUGCAUUGUUUCACUAUGGCAGCAUCCUUUUGGAGUAUUAUCAGAUGGGCGCAGGAUUGGUCAGUAACAAGGCUGAAGAUGCGAUUAAACAGUAUGCGGCGGAAAUUCUAGAGGGCUCGAAGGAGGAGGAGGUUGGAUUAACUGAUGAAAAUAAAAAUCCUGGAGAUGAAGUUGGUGAAGAUAAUGGUGAGGAUGAUGAUGCGCAGUCAGACGAUGAUUCAGUUGAGGAUGAUGGUGAAGCCCUGGAUGUUAGUGAUCAUCUUGACGACGAAAUGGAUACCAAUGCUGAAAGUGUUCCUGAGGAAUCUUCCACAGUUGCGGCAGAACCGAUCUGUUCGGAGAGUGUCCCAGCAGAGACUUCCAAGAAACAAAACGAAGAUGCUAUCGCUAUCGGUGAACUCCGGUAUGCAUGGGAAAUCUUGGAGACCGCCCGAGUGGGUUACGCCAAACGCGUUAAGGAAACAGGAGCGUUUACCGAUAAAAUCCGCUUGUCAGACAUUCAUCACAAGCUGGCUUUAUGCGCCGCGGAGAAUGGUCAACAAAAUUUGGCUUUGGUAGAAGCAGAACGAGCGCUGAAAGUCUGCGAGGAAGCUUGUCAACCAACCGACCGUGAACUGGCAGAAGCAUAUUUCAAUUACGGAACAACCCUCAGUAUGUAUGCUUUGUUGGCGGAGGCAGCCCAUAAUAUGAAAACAGCCGUAUCUAUUCUGGAAAACCGAAAAGCAAUGAGUAAUGCUAGAAUUUCUGUUUUGGAGUCGUCUACCGAAGACAAAACUGCUGAAAUCUUGAAACUGAAGAAGGAAGUGGAUGAAAUCUCCGAAUUGGUUCCUGAUUUAAUGGCUCGAGUGCAAGAUAUUUACGAAGACAUGAGACUGGGCAGCGAUGAGGCCAGGAAGUUGUUAAAUGAUUGGCUUAAGGGAGUCAGCGAGCAGUGCAAUUCGGAAGCUGGAGUGGCUGUUAGUGCGGCGCCUGUUAGUGAUAUAUCUCAUCUUGUCCGAAGGGUUAAAAGAUCCAGCGACAUGGUCGAGGACGACGCUGUAAAACGGCUGAAGGCAUCUGAUCCAUCAUCAUCGGACACUGCGGAACGAAAUGGCACAUCUGAUGGAACCAACUGAUGAAACCUUUGCACACUAAGGAACAUUUUUUUCGGUUUUGAGCGGUUUUCAAAUGCGUUGUUCUUUUUAAGUAUUAAUUUUCAAGCAUUUUCGAGGAUUUUUCAUUUUUUUGUCCUGAUUGUAUCGAAUUUUGGCAGGUUGUGGCGCAAUUUUCUAUUGAUCACAUUAUCACAACAGUGAGUUUGGAUUCUCACAAUCAACUUAGUGGUCUCUUGUGAGCUUCACACUGCAGUGCAGUUGAAUGCACCUUUUUAGGCUACAGUACACUGAUUGUGAGUACAGUCAGUACUUAGUCAGUUUCUUCGGAAGCAACACCUGUCUUUGUAUUGUUUAAAAUUAUCAAAUCGG